UGGUCUGGGUCUAGUUCCUGGUCCUCCUCUCCUGGUCUGGGUCUAGUUCCUGGUCCUCCUCUCCUGGUCUCCAGUCUGGCGCGCGGAGCUCCGGAGGAGAGAGAGGGCGGUGGGCUGGACCUGCGGAGGGCGGAGUGCCACCGAGGGAGCGGCUUGUCUCCGUCAGACUCCUUCGUCCCUCCGAGCUGGAGGUUGGGAGGACCCAGUGCGCCGCCGACUCUCGGAUAAUUCCGCUCCUUUCCCCGGGAAGAUGCUCGUCGUGCUGCCGCUGCUCGCCGUCCUGUCGCUGCCUCUGCGGAGCGGAGCGGCCGCCGCCUCCCACCAUAACUGUAACGCUCCUCUGGUGUCCUCGCUGCCUCACUCGUCCUUCCAGAGCUCCUCUCAGUCGUCUGCCGGCUACGCUGCUCACAACGCUAAACUCAACAGGAGAGACGGAGCUGGAGGAUGGUCUCCCAUGGUGACGGACCAGGAGCCCUGGCUGCAGGUGGACCUCAGGGAGCAGAUGGAGGUGACGGCGGUGUCCACGCAGGGCCGCUACGACAGCUGGGACUGGGUCAGCAGCUUCCUGCUGCUCUACAGCGACACGGGCCGAGCCUGGAAGCAGUACCGGCAGGAGGACGGCGUGGGGAGGAUUGUGGGUAACGUGAACUCUGAGGCGGUGGUCCAGAACAAGCUGAGCCAUCCGGUCCGGACCCGGUUCCUGCGUUUCAUUCCCCUGGACUGGAACCCCAGCGGAUGGAUGGGCCUCAGGGUGGAAGUCUAUGGAUGCUCCUACAAGUCCUACGUGGCCGACUUUGACGGCAGGAGCUCGCUGCUGUAUCGAUUCAACCAGAAGUCCAUGUCGACGGUGAAGGACGUGAUCUCUCUGAGGUUCAAGAGCCACCAGACGGAGGGAGUGCUGCUGCAUGGAGAGGGCCAGAGAGGAGACUACAUCACCCUGGAGCUGCACCGAGGACGCUUGGACCUCUACCUCAACCUGGACGACAGCCGGGUGAGGCUGGGUGGCCGGCGGGUGGCCGUCACCGUGGGCAGCCUCCUGGACGACCAGCACUGGCACUCCGUCCACAUGGAGCGCUUCAACCGGCAGGUGAACCUGACGGUGGACACCCAGACCACCAGCUUCCAGACCCGGGGGGACGGACACUCGCUGGACGUGGACUACGAGUUGAGUUUCGGAGGCAUCCCUCUUCCCGGUAAACCUGGAACCUUUCUGAGGAAGAACUUCCACGGCUGCAUGGAGAACCUCUACUACAACGGCAUCAACGUGGUGGACCUGGCCAAGAGGAGGAAGCCUCAGAUCCACACCGUGGGCAACGUGACCUUCUCGUGCUCGCAGCCCCAGCUGGUGUCCUGCACCUUCCUGAGCUCCAGCAGCAGCUUCCUGUCGCUGCCGCCGCCGCCGCCGCCGCUCGGGGGUUUCUCCGCUCGCUUCCAGCUCCGGACGUGGAACCCGGACGGACUGCUGCUGUCCGUGCAGCUCAACCCCAGUCCUCAGAGGCUGGAGCUGCAGAUCGGCGGAGGACGGCUGCUGCUGGGCCUCCACGGAUCAGGACGGCAGAGAUCUGAGGUGUCUGCAGGUCACCGGGUCAAUGAUGGACUGUGGCACUCGGUGAGAGUCGACGCCAAGAACCUUCACAUCUCCUUAACGGUGGACGGAGAACCUUCAUCCACCAUCGAGCUCUGGGAGCCAGUGGAGUCCAGAGGAAACUUCUUCUUUGGAGGCUGCCCGUCCAUGGACUGCCGCGCCCAGACUGCGUCCUUCCAGGGCUGCAUGCAGCUCGUCUUCAUCAACGGCCAGCCCAUGAACCUGAGCCUGGUGCAGCAGGGGCUGCUGGGAAACUACAACGAGCUGCAGCUGGACACGUGCAGCAUAAAGGACAGAUGCCUUCCUAACCUGUGUGAACACUCGGCCCGCUGCUCCCAGACGUGGACUUCGUUUUCCUGCGACUGUUCGGGGACGGGAUACUCUGGAGCGACGUGCCACAACUCCAUCUACGAGUCGUCCUGCGAGGCCUACAAGCUGAGUGGCAGCUCGUCGGGCUUCUACUUCAUCGACCCUGACGGCAGCGGCCCCCUGGGGCCCACACAGGUGUACUGCAACAUGACAGAGAAGAAGGUGUGGACGGUUUUACCUCACAACAGCUCUGCUCCGGUCACCGUCCAGAGCUCCUCCCCACAGAAACCUCACGUCAUGAGGCUGAACUACAGCGCCUCAGCUGAGCAGCUCAGAGCCAUCGUAUCCGGGUCAGAACAGUGCCAACAGGAAGUGGUCUACAGCUGCAGGAAGUCCCGCCUCUUCAACACCAGGGAUGGAAGCCCGCUGUCCUGGUGGCUGGACCGAGAAGGAGAGAGGAGGAGCUACUGGGGAGGCUUCCUGCCCGGAGUCCAGCAGUGCUCCUGCAGCCUGGAGGAGAACUGUGUGGACAUGAACUACUUUUGCAACUGCGACGCCGACACGGACGCAUGGGCCAACGACACCGGCGUCCUGUCCUACAAAGACCACCUCCCGGUGAGCCAGGUGGUGGUGGGAGACACCAACCGGACCGGGUCCAUGGCCGUCUACAGCGUGGGGCCUCUGCGUUGCUAUGGAGACAAGUCCAUCUGGAACGCCGCCUCCUUCUACCAGGAGUCGUCCUACCUCUACUUCCCCACGCUGCAGGCCGAGCUGGCCUCAGACAUCUCCUUCUACUUCAAGACCAGCGCCCCAUCAGGAGUCUUCCUGGAGAACCAGGGCCUGAAGGACUUCAUCCGAGUGGAGCUGAGCUCUCCCUCGGCCGUGACGUUCUCCUUCGACGUGGGUAACGGCCCGGCAAUCCUGGCCGUCAAGUCCCACCUCCCCCUCAACGAUCGCCAGUGGCACUACGUCAGGGCCGAGCGCAACGUCAAGGAGGCGUCGCUGCAGGUCGACCAGCUGCCGCUACGCUUCCUGCAGGCGCCAGCCGACGGACACCUCCGCCUCCGGCUCAGCAGCCAGCUGUUUGUCGGAGGAACGGCGUCCCAGCAGCGAGGCUUCCUGGGCUGCAUCCGCUCGCUGACGGUGAACGGCGUCGCCUUCGACCUGGAGGAACGAGCCCGGAUGACGCCCGGCGUCAGCUCCGGUUGCCCCGGUUACUGCAGCGGCUCCAGCAGCCUCUGCCACAACCGAGGACGGUGUUUGGAGAAGAGCAACGGAUACAUCUGUGACUGUUCUCAGUCGGCCUACGGAGGAACCACCUGUAACCAGGAGGUGUCGGUGUCCUUCGACCGGGAGUCCUCGGUGACCUACACCUUCCAGGAGCCCUUCUCGGUGAUGCAGAACAGGAGCUCUCAGGCCUCCAGCGUUUCCACUGACAGCCGGGCCAGAGAGGACGUGGCCUUCAGCUUCGUCACCUCCCAGCGGCCGGCCAUGCUGCUGACCGUCAGCACCUUCAGCCAGCAGUACAUCGCCGUCAUCCUGGCCAGGAACGGAAGUCUUCAGAUCUGGUAUCACCUGCAGACUGACAGGAGUCCAGACGUGUUUAGCCCCGCCCUCAACAACCUGGCAGACGGACGUCUUCAUCGAAUCAGAAUCCACAGAGUUGGAAAGAACCUCUACAUACAGAUCGACCAGGACGUCCACAGAAAGUACACGCUGUCAUCGGAUGCGGAGCUGAUCCUGAUCAGAUCGCUGACGCUGGGGAAGGUCACCAGGAUGGAGAACCUGAACGAGGAGGUGCUGCAGGCGGCGUCUAAAGGCUUCAUCGGCUGCCUGUCCUCCGUCCAGUUCAACCACGGCCCCCUGAAGGCGGCGCUCACCAACCGGGGCAGUUCUUUGAUCACCAUCAGAGGCCCGCUGGUCCAGUCCAACUGUGGAGCUCUGGCCGAGUCCACGUCACACACUCUGCAAGAUCAGGCGGUGACGGCGACCAAAGACAAGGAGCAGCGAGGCGGCGGCACCCAGAAGGAUCUGGCUGUAAUAGCAGGUGUGGUGACGGCGGUCGUCUUCAUCGCCGUCUGCGCUCUGGCUGUCAUCAGCCGCCUCCUCUACCAGCAGCGUCGGGCUCAGAGGGACGGCGGCGGCGGUUCUGUGGGUUCUGUGGGCGGCGGCGUGAAGGACGAGCACCGACACGGCGUUUUCACGGACUACAGGACUGAGCUGCACCUCCACAACGCGGUCAGGGACAACGUCAAGGAGUACUACAUCUGAGAGCCGCUACCUUACCUCCACCGCUGACGGACGGACGGACGCUGCAGGGUUUCCUCCAACGACAACUCUUCUGUAACCCUCGACUCUUUUACGCUCCUGUACAAGCAAGUGGCUGAACCUUCGCAGCUGUUAGUGUAUUUUGAUGUCGGUGAAGUGUCAGAAUUCGAGCUACCGUGGUUUCCUGUCAUUGCAAAAAAGAAAAAAACAAAAAAAGGUGAAUGUCGUGCAGAGGCCCGGACGGACGGACUGAAGGACGGACGAAGACGCCGCCGACGCUCCAGCGCUCCGUCUGAAAGCCUCCGAUGAGGCCGAAUCUCUCCACGUCUCAGAGGGACUCACUAAAAGUGUGUUUGAGUCAGAAAUGUAGGCCAGGCUGUAAGAUAUGCCGCAUCCGCUGCUGUAUUUGUUUUUCCGGUGGCGGUGAACGUCGUAGAAGAAACGGGGACAAUACUGCCUAUACUGUAUGAGUGCCUAAUUUGCAUAUGCAUUUUUAUUUGAACUUUUUAGAAGUUAUUCAUGUGAUUUGCACAGAGGCAGUCACAUUUCCAUAGAGAGGAGCUUAUUGUCAUUCAGCUCUGCCACCCGCAGCGGCGCAGAACAAAAGAGAAAAUUGGAAUUUCCCCAUUCAUGCUCGACCUUCUGCCGGUUGACCCUCAGCGCCGGGCCGACCGUCGCCGCUUGUUUUUCCACUCCGGCUUCGGAAAAACCCCUAAAAAGUCCUUUAAAUGUAGAAAGUUUGGGGUCUUUGUGAAGCAGAUGUACACCAGGGGCCUCAUUUAUCAAACUGUGCAUAGAAAGAGCUCCAGAGUGAGGCUAAAAACAGAACCAGAGUUUGUUCAAGACGUUUCAUGUCGCCACAAUUAUGGAAGUUUGAAUUCCUGCAAAGUGCAUGAAGGUUUAAGGUUGAAAACAGCUCCCAUGCAGACUUUUCUUCCUGCGGUUCAUUUAUUGGUGCGUAAAGGCGACAGAAUGUGCAGAAACCCAGCAUGCACAGUGCAUAGAUGCAUGCGUUAUUCAUCCUCUUUGGUUAAAUUAAAAGUAUCCAGGAAGCUCUCACAUGGGGCAUCAACAAAAGUAAUGUGCAAAAUAAGGAAAGGAAAAAGGUGCAAAACCCGUCUGCACAAAAUUCACUGAUUAGCAAAAAGCCUUCAUAGAAAGGAAAAACUUGGUCCCAAAUGUGUCCAAAAUUAUCCACAAAUUGACUAAAUAAAUCCGAACAUGUCCAAAAUUACCAAAACAUGACCAACAGAACUUAACAUUUGUUUAACAUGAUGCAAAUUUAGUCUUAAAGCAGUAAAAAUAUGUCCAAAAGGACUCAGAAAUUGUCUAAAAUGAGUAAAAAUACAUUAAAAAUUACAAAAUUGGUCCAGAAUGACUCCUAAAAGUGUCCAGAACUACCCAUAAACUGAUCAAAAUGACUCAGAACACGUCCAAAAUGACCACAACGUGACCAACAUAACCUAACAUUUGUCCAGAAUGACUCCAAUCUCGUCUUACAUGACUCAAAAUAUGUCCAAAAUGACAAAUAUUAGUCCAAAAUGGCUCAGAAGUUGCUUAAACUGCCUUGAAAUUUGUCCGGUUUGACUAAAAUUUCAUCCAUGAAGACUCCAAACUGAUGAGAACUUUCUCAGAACUUGCCUAAAAUGAAUAUUUACCACAGGUACGUCGACACAAGUCAACCAGGUUUGACGAACAGAACCAACUUCCUUUGAAAUCGAACUCGUCGUCGCCAAAAAUGGAACAAAGCGAAGAGAGAAAAGCUCAAUUUAACAAAGUGGAGCAGAAUAAAACGGCUCAUUUGUCACGUUUUCUGGGGGAAUUUCAAACAGAAAAAAGAUUAAAGGAGACAGCGGCGUCGAGUCUGCUGCCACCUUAAAAACAGAGGAGAUGUGCCUCAUUAAUAUCAGCUGUCAAUGGAAGAAUAAAUGGCUUCAAUAAUUAGUGAGAACCGUCCUGACGGAGACACCGCGAGUUAAUCACCUCUGCUCUGCUAUAAAUAAGUAAAACUCUGCACACCCAUCCCUUCAUUUAUUAAGUCUGCUGAGGGUUGAAGAUGAUUUUAUUCACCUGCCAGCUGGAGGUAAAAGAACAGCAGCAACACGGGGAUGGAUUAGUUUUUAAACACAGGAAAGAAACACCAAAUCCACCAUAAAACACCUUCUGUGAGCCUCGUUUGUUGAAUCUUCCAGUAAAGUGAGUUCACCUUUGUUUCAGUUUAAUGGCUGGUUGUUCAGAAAGAUGCACAAAGUCUGAAAUGAAACAAAUUCAAACUGACAACUAAAUGAUAAAAACUUGUCCAAAAAUGACUUUAAUGUUCUUCAAAAUGACUCAGGAUUUCUCCCAUAUUACAAAAUCCAUUCCAAAAUGGUGCAAAAAAAGUCCAAAAUGACUCCGAAUUUGCUCAAAUCCACUAAAAAUGUGUACGUCACUCAAAAACAAGUUAGUUGUUAAAAACAACUCAAAAAUCCUCUGAAAUUACUAAAACUCCAAAAGUGUUGCAAAAAGUGUUCAAAAUGACUUGAAAAUCCAAAAUUUAUAUUUGUGCACAAUGUGCCCAGAAUGACUCAAAACUUAGCUCAAAUCUACUCAACAUUUGUCCAGCAGGAUUCUUAAAAUGUCUGAAAUGAUAAGUGUCAACUAAAGUGUCCAAAUUGGUAAAUAACUCCCAAAGGUGACCGAAACAACGAAAACUUGACCAACAUGUCUAAAAGUGUGUCCAAUAUGAUUCAAACUUUGCCUUAAAUGAUGCAAAACGUGUCAACAAAGACAGAAAUCCAACCACACUGACUAGAAAUUUGUCCAAAAUGACUCAAAACAUGCUCAGAUCUACUCAAAAUCUGUCCAGCAUGACUCUUAAAAUACCCAAAAUGAUAAAAUAGUGUCAAAGCAUUGGUCCAGUAUGCAAAAAUAACUCCUAAAGGUGACUAAAAUGACAAAAAUCUGUCCAAUGUGACUCAAACCUGGUCUUAAAUCACAUAAAAUAUGUCCGAAAUGACAAAAAAAAUCUAUCCAAAACAUGCCAAAGUGUCCAAAUUGAUGCACAAAUGACUUUUGUGUCCAAAGUGACCAGAAAUGACUUAAAUUGACUUUAAAUGUGUCCAAUGUGACUCAAACUUUGUCCAUUGUUGCUCUGAGUUGGUCAAAAAUUGUAUCAAAGCCCGUCCAAAAUGCUUAAAACAACUCUAAAAUGACAAAAACCUUUCCAAGACAUCUCAGUCUCAAAAAUGGUGCAAAAAGUUUUUAAAACGACCCAAAACAUGUAAAAACUAACUUCUGUGCUUCACUGUCAGGACGAUGCAUCUAGAAAAUGCUCAAAUCAACCCAAAAGUGUCAAAGUACCAAAAAUGUGCUCAGAUGGACGCAAAAUUUAUCCAAUUCAAAAAAGAUUUUACAAAUAAUCCAAAAUGGUCCAAAAGGUGUCUAAAUGAUUUUUUUUUAAAAACAGGUUAGAAACAAAAUUCCUUAAAAUUUGCUCUAGUGGACCCAAAAUUUUGUCCAACGUGACGGAAAAUUUGACUCCAAAAAUGACCCAAAUAGCAAAAAGUCUCUUGAAUUUGUCCAUAAUCCAGUGAGGUGAGCUCAGCUUUACUGCCACCGGUCUGUAGGUGUGUUUUAUUAUUCUUUAAUGUGAAGCCUCUCUAACUGUGUUUGGUGUUGCUGCGAUUCAAACCAUGACUCAGAGUGUUUGGUUCAUGUUCCUGCAUAUUUAACAUUAAUAAUAAAUCACAUUCAGAGCGUUUCUAUGCACAGAGAACGGUUAAUAAAUGAGGUCCAUCAGUGUGGAGGGCUGAACACAGGAAGUCCAGCAUGAACAUUGUAUCAUGAGUGGCAGAAAUAAAAAUUAAGGGUUCUUUAAAUAAAGCGGUGAUUUCCACAGAUGGAACCAAAGCAGGGUGUAAUUACGGAGCAGAUUACAGCCUCUGCUAUAGCACUUAAAUGUCAAACGACUCGACGCAGCGUCACCUUACAGUGGAGUGGAGUGUUUACUCUGCUAUGAAAUUAAAAACUAGCAAUUUACUGUAACACAAGCAGCGGCUCCACUCUGGGAACUCAAUGCAGCUUCCAUUCAUUCCAACGCCUUCAUUUUUCAUGACCGACUCCAAACCACAUUUCUGCUGGUCUGACUUGUUGCUCCACAUGUCUUUAAAAGACCCAGAGGUGUUCCACUGGAUUCUAGUCUGGACUCUUUGUUCUGCUCCAGGAACUCUGGGAAUAUUCAUCUCAGUCAGUGUUUUGGUUUAUCCACAAAAAUUCAUGGUGCGUCUAGAAACGUCCUCAACACCUUUAGCAAUCAUCACACUUCCACCUGUGUGCUCCACUGUCAGGACUAUUUAUCCACUGUUGAAGUUCUAGUCCACAGAGACUCAAAAUGACAACAAAGAAACACAAAAUCACCACAGACACAAAAUCACCACAAAAAAGAUGGAAAAUGACCACAGAGACACAAAGUCACCACAAAGAGACAAAAAGAGACCACAGGACUGACUUCCAUUGAUGAGCCCUGUACCAAGUCUACCGAGAUUGUGAAAGAAGUUCUCUGUCCGUGGAGUCAUUUUUAGGAGCUCUGAUUAGUGGUACUAUGACUCCUAUACCUUAGUGGAUUUCUGAGUCCUGGAUCUUUUUCCAUCUUUGUCAAGCCUCACAGUCAGACUUUUCAGUUCUUCUGUUCAGCUCCUUCCCAUGUGGAACCAUGAUGUAGACAUAGACUCAGUCCAUGGGUCUCCAACUUGGAAAGUUCUGCUGUUCACAACAGAACCAUGAAUUUAGAACCAUGUUCAUGCAGUUAGACUGACUGGAAAGCACAGGUGGACUCACAAUUACACAAAAUGUACAGAAUUAGUCAGAAAUGGUCUAAAAAUAACUGAAAUUGUUGUCCAGAAUGAUUCAGAUACUUUUACACAAAAUGUUUAACAAAAUUAUUUUUAGUCAAUUUUGUUUAAAGGGUUUCUUUUUUAAAGAAAAAAAAAUAGUCCAAAAUUAUCAGACAAAAUUAGUCUGAAAUUACAAAAACCCCGUCCAGUUUGCCAAAAACAUGUCCAAACAUGUUACAAAAAUAAUCAAAGACGUAGACUUGUCCAAAAUCACAAAAUUUUUUAGAAAUAGUCAAAAAUUACAGAAAAAAUGUCCAGAAUUAUGUAAAAUUUGUCAAAAAUGAUAAAAGUUCCAAAAUUAUACUAAAAAUAGUACAAAAUUAUGGAAAAUUCUGUCAAAUUUGUCCAAAAUGAAAGAAAUGUUCAAUAUUCCAAAAAUCUCAAAAUUCACAAAGAAUUUUUCCCCAAAAAGUAGACAAAUUUAGUUUUGUCAUUGUUUUCUAAAAUGAUUCAUAAAAUGUCCAUUAUGAAUAAAAGUGUCCAAAGUGAAUUAAAAUUGGUCCAUAAUUCUAUUAAAAACAGUCUGAAAUCACUGAAAAAUUACUUAAAAUUUGUCUAAAAUGACAAACGUUGUAAACGACUUUAAACAUUGUCCAAAAUGGAUCCAAAAUAUUCUCAUUUGUCACAGCUGGAUUCACUUUUGUUGCAUUGAGUUUCUCAAAAGGCGCCUGAGUUUCCAACAUUCUCUGUUUCUCAUUGUUAUUGAGACUAAACACUUAAACUUUGAAGUACUGCAGUUUUUUGACAUUUAAAUGAUGUUGGCGUUGAGUCGUACUGUCUCCUGUUCUGUACAUCAUCAGAUUGGUUCAUCAGCGAAGCUCCCAGACGGCAUCUCUGGCAGCAGUUUGGUUCCAACAGGAAGUGUUUGUUUGGUUCCAACAGGAAGUGUUUGGUUCGACAACAGAAGGUGGUGUUUGUCAAAACUAAAGUCAGGGCAGCAGGUUUGUUGGGUUUGUUCCACGGCAGGAGAAAGAAAAGUUGGAUUUGAACCGAGGAAGAGGCCAACGUGGCACCGGAGUGAAUUAUCUCAUUUAUUAUUUUGAAUUCCAGGGAGCGGCGGUGCGACGUUUUCUACGUAUUUCAAGCUUUUUAUAUAUCUUACACUGGUAGACGGACGAAAAAGAAAAACCCAUCCGGAGCCUGUGAUGCACCAGACACAUUAGAAAACAUUAAAGCAUGGAUGAAAAUGGAGACUUCUUUGCUUUUUUUAGAUCCUUGCUUCUAGCGGGCCACGAAAAAGAACAAAAACAGGAGUUGGACGUGAAGGGGAGGAUGUCGCCUAAAUUAAAAAAUCAGCUUGUCGGGCUCAGCUCUGCGUUACGAACCUGAGCUCAUUAUCCACCGGCUUCAGCUGCUCUCUGCCAGGAGUCGCCGUCUUCGUCGACAUCAGUCACGCUUUAACGGGAUAAAUAAAAGGGUUGAGGCCCAAAGAGGGGCUGAUGACGGGGAUGUGUGCUAAUAAUUUUUAGCAUCUUGUCACAGACUGACGGAUUCCAAACGUCUGUACAGAGUGUUAAAGGGAAGCAGGGAGCAGCUGUGGAGACUCUGUUGGGAGUUUUUCGUGAACCUGCAGCAUGGAGUGAAGACGCCAGGAUGGACGCUCUGUGCAUGUGAUAAUCUGCAGAUCUCCAGUAUCAGCGAAUGAAUACAUACCUCUCAGAGUGCUUUAGGUUAUACUGCAAUGGGUAAUAUCAUGUGGUCACUUCUUAAUGAUUUGUAUAGCUGCAGUUUUAUUAAGGAUCCAAUGUAUAGAUGUAUAAUUUAAUAAUAAAAGUGAAUAUAUUGGUAA